CUGAAGAAGUUGAAUUGAACAAGUUCUUGUAGUGGGGAGCACUUUAAUCUCAAUAAUGAAGAAAAGCCGCAGUGUCAUGGCAGUGACUGCAGAUGAGAAUGCUCUGGAUUACCUGGAGUGUGGGCUGAGCAAGUCCUACAGUACUUCCAGCCAUGCUCUGGGCAUAGACCUCUGGAGAGGAAGAAGGUGCUGUUCUGGCAACCUGCAGUUACCACCACUGUCCCAAAGACAAACAGAGAAAGCGAGGACACCUGACAGAGACAUCGUCUGCAGGCCAACAACUCUGCCCUUGUUGGCACCUCCAAGUAUUGCAAUCACCACUUACCAAGACUGCUUCGAUGUGGAAAAUGGCCCUUCUCCUGGUCGCAGCCCGCUGGACCCACAGGCCGGCUCCUCCUCAGGGUUGGUGCUGCACACCACCUUCCCCGGGCACAGCCAGCGCCGGGAGUCCUUCCUCUACCGCUCAGACAGCGACUACGACCUGUCACCAAAGACCAUGUCCAGGAACUCCUCUCUCCCAAGCGAACAGCACGGAGAUGACCUGAUCGUCACACCUUUCGCACAGGUGCUGGCCAGCUUGCGGAGCGUGAGGAACAACUUCACGCUGCUCACCAAUUUGCACGGGACGGCCAACAAGAGAUCUCCUGCAACGAGUCAGCCACCUGUCUCCAGAGUGAACCUGCAAGAGGAGCCCUACCAGAAGCUGGCCAUGGAGACGCUGGAGGAGCUCGACUGGUGCCUGGAUCAGCUGGAGACCAUCCAGACGUACCGCUCCGUCAGCGAGAUGGCCUCCAACAAGUUCAAGAGGAUGCUGAACCGCGAGCUGACGCACCUCUCCGAGAUGAGCCGCUCCGGCAACCAGGUGUCCGAGUACAUCUCCAACACCUUCCUGGACAAGCAGAAUGAUGUGGAGAUUCCUUCUCCCACGCAGAAAGACAGAGAGAAGAAGAAAAAGCAGCAGCUCAUGACCCAGAUCAGCGGAGUGAAAAAAUUAAUGCAUAGUUCAAGCUUAAAUAAUACCAGCAUCUCACGAUUUGGUGUGAAAACAGAAAAGGAAGACCAUCUGGCCAAGGAGCUGGAAGAUCUGAAUAAGUGGGGUCUGAACAUAUUUAAUGUUGCCAGGUAUUCCCACAACAGGCCGCUCACCUGCAUCAUGUACGCCAUAUUUCAGGAGCGAGAUCUACUGAAGACAUUCAAGAUCUCAUCAGACACCUUUGUGACGUACAUGAUGACAUUGGAAGACCACUACCAUUCGGACGUGGCGUACCACAACAGCCUGCAUGCUGCUGAUGUUGCCCAGUCCACCCACGUUCUCCUCUCCACCCCUGCACUGGAUGCUGUCUUCACCGACUUGGAAAUCCUCGCCGCUAUUUUUGCAGCCGCGAUUCACGACGUGGAUCACCCCGGUGUCUCCAACCAGUUUCUGAUUAACACAAAUUCCGAGCUGGCGCUGAUGUACAACGACGAGUCCGUCCUGGAGAACCACCACCUGGCAGUGGGCUUCAAACUGCUGCAGGAGGAGCACUGCGACAUCUUCCAGAACCUGACCAAGAAGCAGCGGCAGACGCUCAGGAAGAUGGUGAUCGACAUGGUAUUGGCAACGGAUAUGUCCAAGCACAUGAGCCUGCUGGCAGAUCUGAAGACGAUGGUGGAAACUAAGAAGGUGACCAGUUCAGGAGUGCUCCUGCUAGACAACUACACCGACAGGAUACAGGUUCUCCGAAACAUGGUACAUUGUGCAGACUUGAGUAAUCCCACAAAGUCCCUGGAGCUGUACCGGCAGUGGACGGACAGAAUCAUGGAAGAGUUCUUCCAGCAGGGAGACAAAGAGAGGGAAAGGGGAAUGGAAAUCAGCCCCAUGUGUGACAAACACACAGCGUCGGUGGAAAAAUCACAGGUCGGGUUUAUCGACUACAUCGUGCACCCGCUGUGGGAGACAUGGGCUGACCUGGUGCAGCCGGACGCACAGGACAUCCUGGACACUCUGGAGGACAACAGGAACUGGUACCAGAGCAUGAUCCCACAGAGCCCCUCACCCCCACUGGAGGAGCGGGGCCAGGACUGCCCCGGCCUGAUGGAGAAGUUCCAGUUCGAGCUGACCUUGGAGGAGGAGGAUUCGGACGGGCCCGAGAGGGAAGGCGAGAGCGUCGGCUACUUCCACAGCACGAAGAUGCUGUGCACGGGCAGCCCGGGGCAGGAGGACGUGCAGCGGGAGGCGAACAUAGAAAUUGUGACAGAGGACACGUCUCCCGUUGACACAUAAUGCCCUGCGCCUGUGUAAGUGGAUUGGAAACGCUUAACGAGCACGCAAGCGGUCUGGUGGGACUCGCCUGCAGCCUGGGCCUUGGGCCUGUGCCUGACAUUGGCUGACGGAUCUCCGGGUCCGUGGGGCCGUCGGGGCUCCGUGCUGAACAAUGGCUCAGGAAACGCCGUGAGUGAUGCUGGGGUGGCCGCGUGAGCUGCGGGCGCC